AUGACCGCCCCUCGCGCGGCCGAGGUGGAACUGACCAUUGAUGGAAAGAAGGUGUCCGUUGAAGCCGGUUCGGCUCUUAUCCAGGCUUGCGAAAAGGCAGGCGCAACAAUCCCCAGAUACUGCUACCACGAGAAGCUGCUAGUUGCAGGAAACUGCCGUAUGUGUCUCGUCGAAGUUGAAAAAGCCCCCAAGCCUGUUGCAUCAUGUGCCUGGCCCGUUCAGCCCGGAAUGGUUGUUAAGACAAAUUCGCCAUUGGUUCACAAGGCCCGUGAAGGUGUUAUGGAAUUCCUCCUCGCCAACCACCCCCUCGACUGCCCCAUUUGCGAUCAGGGUGGAGAGUGUGAUCUUCAGGACCAGUCCAUGCGUUAUGGUGCUGAUCGCGGCCGAUUCCACGAGGAGGACGGCAAGCGUGCUGUGGAGGACAAGAACAUUGGCCCCUUGGUCAAGACCUCGAUGAACCGUUGUAUUCACUGCACCCGUUGCGUCCGAUUUAUGAACGAUGUUGCCGGUGCACCCGAGCUGGGAACCUCCGGCCGCGGAAACGACAUGCAGAUCGGAACCUACUUGGAGCAAAACCUCAACUCGGAACUGUCUGGCAACGUCAUUGACCUCUGCCCCGUUGGUGCUCUGACCUCCAAGCCAUAUGCCUUCCGUGCUCGUCCCUGGGAACUGAAGCACACCGAGUCAAUUGAUGUUCUUGAUGCCCUGGGAUCUAACAUUCGGAUCGACAGCCGUGGUAUGGAGGUGAUGCGUGUUACCCCGCGCUUGAAUGAUGACAUUAACGAGGAAUGGAUCAACGACAAAUCUCGCUUUGCCUGUGAUGGCUUGAAGACUCAGCGCCUCACCACUCCCCUGAUCCGCCGCGAGGGCAACUUUGUCCCCGCCACCUGGGAACAGGCUCUUGUGGAGAUCUCUUCCGCCCAGCAGAAGCUGCAGCUGCAACCUAAUGAAUUCAAGGCAGUUGCUGGACACCUUGUUGAGGCUGAGUCUCUCGUUGCUAUGAAGGAUAUGGCCAACAAGCUUGGCUCUGACAACCUUGCCCUCGACCAACCCGGCGGCAGUGCUCCCAUUGCCCACGGUAUUGAUGUCCGCUCUAACUACCUGUUCAACUCUAAGAUCUACGGUAUCGAGGAGGCCGAUGCCCUCCUUCUUGUUGCCACCAACCCCCGUCACGAGGCCUCAGUUUUGAACGCCCGUAUCCGCAAGCAAUACCUGCGCUCUGAUCUGGAGAUCGGUCUUGUCGGUGAGGAGUUCGAGAGCACCUUCGACUACGAGAACCUUGGCGCCGAUGUUUCCGCCCUGAAGACUGCUCUGGCUGGCGAGUUCGGUAAGAAGCUUGCUGGUGCUCAGCGCCCUAUGAUUGUGGUCGGCUCCGCAGCUGCCGAGCACCCCGACUCGAAGGCCAUCUUCGAGGCGGUUGGCAGCUUCGUCGAGAAGCACGCUAGCAACUUCACCACCCCCGAGUGGCAAGGCUUCAACGUCCUGCAGCGUGCCGCUUCCCGCGCUGGUGCCUACGAGGUGGGCUUCACUGCUCCCGGUCCCGAAGUUGCCCAGACUACCCCCAAGAUGGUCUGGCUGCUAGGUGCCGAUGAGAUCUCCGCCAGCGAAAUCCCCAAGGAUGCCUUCGUCGUCUACCAGGGUCACCACGGUGACAAGGGUGCCCAGCUUGCCGAUGUUGUCCUCCCCGGUGCCGCCUACACUGAAAAGUCCGGCACCUAUAUCAACACCGAGGGUCGUGUUCAGGUUACCCGUGCGGCUACCUCGCUCCCCGGUGCUGCCCGUGAUGACUGGAAGAUUAUUCGUGCCACCAGCGAGUUCCUUGGCGUUCCUCUUCCUUAUGAUGAUAUUGAGGCUCUCCGUGACCGUAUGGAGGAGAUCAGUCCCGUCCUGCGCCGUUACGAUGUCGUCGAGCCUACCUCCGUUGCUGCCCUGAGCAAGGUGCAGCUUUCUGACCAGAACAAGGGAGCCUCAACAACCGGUUCUCCCUUCAAGAAGGUCAUUGAGGACUUCUACUUCACCGACCCCAUUUCCAGAAGCUCCCCCACCAUGGCCCGUUGCUCAGCUGCCAAGGCCACUGGCAACCCCGAGACCAACUUCAUGGCCGCCGGAGAGAUGUCUCCCCAGGCCCUCUACGGCGCAAGCCAGUGA